UCAGCGAGCCAAGUAGCAAAAGGACAAGAUAAGCACAACAAACCGAGGCCGAAGAGAAGGCAAGCAUCCAUCGGCCGACGACGUCCCAUGGCGCUUCCUCACCCUCCGCUGCGGCUCCACCACCACGCCGCCGCUCCCAUGCUCGGCCGCUCCCUCUCCUCCCUCCUAUCCGCCCCCGCCCUCCUCCUCGCCGCCCUCCUCCUUCUCUCCUUCCGCUCCGCCCUCCUCGCCGGCACCCUCCGUCUCUCCUCCCUCCCCGACCGCGACCCCGCUGUCGGCUCUCUCCUCCGCCGCCUCUCCUCCUCUCACGCUUCCCCUCUCUCCCCUCCUCCUCCCGCCGCGCGCCGCCGCCCCCCUUUGCUUCACCUCACCCGCCUCGGCACCCUCGACGACGAUGGCCUCUUUUCCGACUCCUCCUCCUCUGCCACCGCCGAUCGCCGCCGCUCCGCUGCCCUCAACGCCACCCUCCCCGCCCUCUUCCUCCACGACGGCGGCGCCGUGGGCCGCCAGAGUUCCGCCAAGCCCCUCAAAAUUAGGGUUCCCGACUAUGCCCCCUCCUCGCCCUUCGUCUUCUCCUUCCCCGAUGCAGCUGAUGCUAUUGGCGUCGAGGGAGAUCGAAAUCGGUCCCCCGAUCUGCGGAUCCUCGGGCGGGGAUUUGACCUCGACCCUCAAGACACCACAGCGAUCCUUUACCUUCUCACCCUCCUCUCCUCCACCCACGCCCUCGCCAUCCUGGGCUUCAUCGUCGCCUACACCUCCGCCCUCGGUGUCGUCUUCUUCUCGAUUACAGCCUUCCAUCUACGGAAGCCGGUCUCUGUCAUAGAGACCAUCUACUCGGGUGCUCGGUUGGGGAUGCGACGGCUCACGGGAUUCGUGUUCUUGAGAUGGGCCGCGAGGGACGCUCUGAUCCAGUUCUUGUGCAUCUGGUUCUUUGCCGAUGUCCGAGAUCAGAAUGUUCUCUUCAAACUCUUCGUCAAGGUCAAGUUGAUGCCUUUCUCCCUCUCGCCAGUGAACCCGUGGCCCGGGCCGGCCGAUGAGGUUCUCUCGGGGUUCUUCUUUGCCUGGGCUAUGGUUGACACAGUAGUGUCUCUUGUGUUUGCUGUAGUCCCAUGGGUGGUCAUAAUGGACCAUGAUUUGCGGCGACGAGGCCAGGAUGUGGUGAAAGAGGGGUUCUAUUUGAUGUCCCUCAUGCCGACGCAGGCCAUUUCGAUCAAAUUCUUGGAAGCACUGGUUUGGGGUUAUCUGGGGACAUGGAUGGCGGCGAUGGUUGGGUGGAAGUUGUUUGCAGCAGCUUUUCUUUCACUUGCAGAGGUUUACUUCAUGGCUGUUUGGUUGGUAUUCUACUUUGCAGCAAGAUGUAAAGAUGGAGAAUUGAUAGGGCGGCAGUUUGGAGCAAGAGAUUUGGAGGAUUGUCUCAAUGGCCUCAGAUGACUCGGAGCUCUCGAGCUGGUUGCAUGAUUUUGUUCAUUUGGUUACCUUAUUGUGAUGCAACUGUGAGGUACUACUGUAACACCCUCCAACAAUUUACUGUGAUACAAUUGCCAUUUUUAUGAUUCCUCUCAUUUUAUGCUAUGUUGUUAUGCCUGAGUUUGUCAAUGAGGAGGAUGUGAAUUCAAAUGUACAGUUUUUGGAGGAAGGAUUGUUUGUACAUUAUCCUGUGCAUAUAUGAAGGUGCUUUUGGUUA